UUUCGAGAAAUCUUGGAUCUGCCGCGCCCUCGGUUAUGGGUGUGUGCUAGAGGCACACAUGCGCACUGUCAAUACAAACUAAAACGCCAACCAUCUAGCGCUCUUUGAUUGGGUAAAAAAAAAUGGGUUUCGGUUCUGAACCUACAUUGACUUAUGUUAUUGCAAAUAAUUCUUAAUUAAUCUACAUUAUAUCCUGUAAUUAUAAAGCCGACUGAAUAUUUUGUGGAACGCCAAUCUUUCCCAGUGUCUCGCUCUUUCUUUCAUGCCUGCGUAAACGGUUCGAAGAAUUUUUGUUGACGCCAGAUACCUCGCCAGCGCCAAGCGGUUUCGAAUCUUCAUCAUGUCUCAAGAACAAGACUCAGAUCAAAAGAAAAUACAUGGAUCCAGUGGUUGUUGGAGCGAGAUGAAAUCUGUGGAAGGUCUUCCUCGCGAAGAAGUUACCAUGCUUCAAGGACUUCAUGAUAAGGUACGAGAAGCAGCUCAAGAAAAAGCCGGCAAGCCCUUCACAGCUUUGGAACCUUUGCAAUUUGCUACCCAGAUUGUCGCUGGUACGAAGUAUUGUAUCCUGGCCUACAUUGACGACAAGAAAGAGUACGUUGGUGUCUUCAUUAUCUACAUGAAUCUAACUGGCGAUGUCUCUCUAACCAGCUUCGAAGAACAUAAAGCCAAUUUCGAUAUAAGGUUCACCCCGCCGUUAAUCCCGUCAACACCACCAGAAACCAAGAAUAAUCCAGAUAAAAAGUAAUUUUAAAAAGCUCGAAAAACUCGACAUUGUGGUGCAAAGGGAUAAUCUUGACACUUACAAUAGCAAGGUUGCGGGUUCGAAUACUAAUAUGGGCAAUGGACUUUUCAAAUUAUCUCUAUUGCAACAAGAAUUUGAAGAAAAUAAAACAAGUCUGUACUUUUAGCCUGAUCCACAUUCCAAGGUUUUAUCUGUUUUUAUUUAUUUGUUUAUUUAUCUAUUUGUUACAUUAACACAAUUUAAAAAGCUGGCAUACGAUUGGGCCCUGUACGGUAAGACAGAGUGGACGGAAAGGAAAUGGGAAUAGUAUUCGUAAUCAUUUCAUUGGUAACCAACUCAUGGAGUUCUUUGCAUGUUCAAAUAUUGAGUAAUGCUGCAAUAUACAGGCCUAUUUAUUGUGAUAUGUAUUUCUUUUCUCUAUUGUAAAGCGCAGAGAGAAUGCGCUAUAUAAGUGAUGCAUCAUCAUUAUUAUCAUCAUUAUUAUUAUCAUUAUUAUUAUGGGAAAACAUGUUCCCUUUCCAAGAUCGAGCCCCUGGACACACAAUUCACGUAUCUUUCUUAUCUAAAAAUAGUGUAUUAUAAUGUAGCGUAAUUUUCAUCAAAGUAGAACUGAUAUUUUUUACCCGAACCGUCGACCAAAAUUAUGAAGACUGAUGUACUGAGUAUUUAGAUCUCAGAAUGGGUAGAAUGCAUGUAUAGCACUUUGUAUUUGCAUUUGAGAAAUAAUUAUAAACAAUAAUCGACGGCGUGAUUCAUCAUAUAUUUUCAUAUAUAUAUAUUCAUCAUAUAUUUUCAUAUAUUUUCUUCAUUUCCAAGGGGAUCCACACUUUACAAGCUUUGCUCUUUAGUGGACCCCCUCAUUUCCAUUUAUGCUCAAUAUUACAUGUGUUUUUGUUUUGUUUUACGAAGUAAGAAUGCUCGUCUGUAAAAUUGUACUUGAUUUGUAUUACUUUAUAUUACUUUGUAUUAUGUUUUGAAUGGAAAUGGAAUAAAGAAUUGAAUUGAAUAUAUUUC